AUGACGUUUGACAUGGAUCUUUACAUGUAUAUGAGUUGGCAGGAUAUUCGAAUGAAGCACAACCAGUCGGACUACGUUCUAAUUAAUGAUAAAUCGAUUCUGGAGAAGAUUUGGUUGCCGGAUUUGUAUUUUGCAAACGCUCGGACGGCCUACUUCCACGAGGUCACCGUCCAUAACUUCAACAUGUUCGUUUCACCCGAGGGUGUUAUCGCAUACGGAACGAGGGUGACGCUCAACCUAGCCUGCCAUCUCAACUUGCAAGACUAUCCACUGGAUCACCAAACGUGUCUGAUCAAAAUUAUCAGCUGUGAGUAUUUC